GGUGGAUAUUUGUCUCCAUCACCAAAGAUGCCUCUGUGGGAACUAACAGAUAACAUUUCAGGACCCGCAGUGCCAGUCAAUAUGAACGUCGGGGAUGAAGAUCGAGGUGUAGGAAGAUCGGUAGUUCCUGAUGGUGUGAGAGGACAAGGCUAUCUUUUACACUGCAGCAUGGAAGAUGAGCUGAUAUAUGGAAAUGCAGAUGGGAAACACACAGCGGAUAAGUCAUGUUAUGAUAGCCUCGAUUCCCUUUUAUCAACUUCCUAAUGAUGCUUACGGAAAUAAAGUACUCGAUGACAAAGAACCUCAGGCAGCUCCUAAUGCAAACUUUGCAACUUCUGCUGGCAUAAAUGCUAAAGAGCUGGAGGUUCAUGCGGGCCCCUCACAUUCUACUCCAGAUUUUCCUAAACCUCAUGAUAGACUGUUGAACUGCACGUUGAACAGUGAGGACCCUGAAAUUCCAAGCAAUGAUGAUGUUUUUUUACAUAGACCAUUCACUGCUUCUUUGGCGAUUAUAGUUUCUAAGGAGGCCAGUAAUCUCAUUUCUGUAUUCCCAAAUUGGGAAGGUUGUGACCACCUUCACUUGACAAAUAGAGAAGAGAUUCCUUCAAAAUCAUCAGUCACUUCUUGCAUACCAGAUAAUUAUCUCCCACUCGCUAGUCAUGGAAUCAAAUCUGAGUUUCCUAAUAGUAACUACCAUCAUAUGUUCUCCAGAAUCGCACCACGAAACCGAUCCCAGUUGAGAUCAGCCUUUGCUAAUUCAAGUUUUGCCUCGGAUGGAGUAUUUGAUAGGUCAUUAUCCUCACGAUAUUCCUCAGAUACACCAUUAUGUGCAAUAGGCACCAUUAAAGGUUUACUGAGACCAAAAGCUACCACCCCAACAACAGAUCAUGAAGAAAGUGAUGAUGACAUUCCCUGUUUUUCUGAUAUUGAAGCCAUGAUACUUCAAAUGGAUUUAUCUCCAGAUGAUGAAGAUUCAAAUGUGCUUGAGAAAGUUUCUAGGUAUCAACACGAGGAUACUAAGAAGAAAAUUAUAAGGCUGGAACAGUGUGCUCAUUCUUCUAUGCAAAGAGCCAUUGCAUCCAAAGGUGCAUUUGCCAUCUUGCAUGGUUGUCGUUUAAAGCAUUACAUUAAGGAAACUGAGGUCAUACUUGGCAGAGCAACUGAUGAAACUGAUGUUGAUAUUGACUUGAGAAGAGAAGGCUGUGCUAACAAGAUAUCCAGACGCCAGGCACUUAUAAGGAUGGGAGAAGAUGGUUCCUUCUUUUUGAAGAAUCUUGGUAAAAGUUCUAUGUUUGUGAAUGGCAAGGAGGUCACCACUGGACAGCAUAUGCAUCUUACUCCAAGCUGUUUGAUUGAGAUGUCAAAUGGCAAAUUUGCAGAUCAGGGAAUUGGCAUUUGUGUUUGACAUCAACCACAAAUCUGUAAAGCGUUAUUUGGCCAAUGCCGGCAGUAAAAACAAGGGUAAGUAUACCAACUUCGAAUGGUCAGAAGAGGGGGUUCCCUGACCAGAGAAACCGUCUAGGGAUUUAACUUACUUUAGAGUGGUGAAAUGUGUAUAUAUGAAUAUGCAACCAUAGCGAGAGAAUGUCUUCCCUGCUUCCUGUAGUUGUCUUUGUUGUAUUCACAGAGGAUAUAUGUAUUUAGUCUCACUUCUUACAGUCCGAGUAAUCAAAAGACCUUCUUUCUAGCCAUGUUAAA